AGUUAGAAAAUUAUAAUGAGAGAGAGAGAGAGAUGGUAGCUUUAAAGACAUUGUUGUAGUAAGGAGUGAAUGGCGGAGAUGUUUUUAUGUAAAUAGUAGUAGAAGUAGGUGGUAUUGUUGGUAGGAAGAACACAAGCUUGCUUGGUGAUAAUGGCUUUCACAGUGGACAAGUGUGAAGAAAUGGUGUUCUCUGUGGAAUCACAAAAGGCAGUUCCAGCACCAUUCCUCACAAAGACAUACCAGCUAGUUGAUGAUCCUCACACAGACCACAUCGUGUCCUGGGGUGAAGAUGAAACCACCUUUGUUGUUUGGAGACCCCCUGAGUUUGCCAGGGAUCUCCUCCCCAACUACUUCAAGCACAACAACUUCUCCAGCUUUGUUAGGCAGCUCAAUACCUAUGGUUUCAAGAAGAUAGUUGCAGAUAGAUGGGAGUUUGCAAAUGAGUACUUCAGAAAAGGAGGGAAGCACAUGUUGUCUGAAAUCCACAGAAGAAAAACCCCUCAUCACCAUCACCAACCCUACCAUGACCAUCACCAACCACCCCAAUUUCUCCAACCAGAGCUUGAAAACAGUGUCUGGAUUGAUUCCCCAUUACCAUCCCCCACAGCAAGUUCUGAUGUUCUAACAGCUCUCACCCAAGAUAACCACCGUCUGAGGAGAAAAAACUUCAUGCUUUUAUCCGAACUAGCUCACAUGAAGACUCUAUACAAUGACAUUAUCUUCUUCAUCCAAAACCAUGUAAAACCAGUAGCACCCUAUGACCAAAGACCCAAAUCAAAUGCAGCUCCUAAGCUCAUAGAAUUGGAUUCCUCACUUCAGUCUCCAAAUGUUUCAGGCAUGCAAACCCCGAAACAUCGCUAUUCGGCCGGUAACUGCUCCAUGAGUACUUUAACUGAUGAUCAGCAAACCAACAAUGGCUCCUUCAAGCUCUUUGGGGUUCCACUAAGUGGCAAGAAGAGAUUGCACCCGGAAAAGUUUGAUCCUGAAGAACUGCAAUGUCCUUACUGAUCAUGAUGAUCAGCUAGCUUCAAUACUAGGCUGUAAUAGUUUUCGUGGAUGAAGAUUUAUUAGGAGAGAAGCCAAUGUAAAUCAUCAGGGCUGAAGCUCAGUUGAAGUUUACCUACUUCAUGAUCUAGAUUGUGAUCAGGAACAAUAUCUUGGAACUCUCCAUUAGUUGAAUAUAUAUUUCCAGAAACAGCUAGCUAGGAAGAGUUCAGUUGCA